CACGCAAAUACUUCGGCAUACAGGGGUCUCCCCUGAACUCCUGAUGGCCUAUAAAGACCAGCACAGUCUGCUGUGGAGAACACGGCAGCAGCUUCUCACUGAGUGCUCGUCUCACUACUGAAAUCAAUUAUCCAGUCAGAUCUAUCAUCUGAACAUCAUCUGAGAAACAUGGCAGCCCUGCGUUUCCUCCUCCUGUCCGCUGUGGUGGUGCUACUGAGCGCUGUCACAUUCACUGAAGGUAUGCGCUACAGUUCUGGACCUAAGGCCUGCUGCUUUGAGUUCACCUCCACACCUGUCAAACUGAACAUGGUGAAGAGCUUCUCCUUCACCAGCCAGCAGUGCUCCAAGGAGGCCAUACUGUUCGUAAUGAAGAGAGGUCGGCAGGUGUGCGCUAAGCCCUCUGACCCCUGGGUGCAGAAACACAUCCAGCUCCUGCAGAACAAGAUGAGUGGAUCUCAGCAGCCUUUGUAAAAAGGCUUGACCUGCAUGACCUUUCCUGUGACCUUCCUCCUCGUCUUCAUCAUCGAAGAGGCACAGGCUCAGUGAGGAGACGGCAGACCUCUGAGAUCCCUUU